AUGGGCUCCAUCCGACCCGAAAUCGAAGAGCCGCGCAUGCAUGAAGGCGGGGACGGAAUAUUCGCGACUCAGGAAAAGGGUCAUCCAAGCUCAAUCUUACCGACCCUGGAGAAACACCACCCAACUCGAUAUGUGCUGGGAUUAUUUCGGGUCGAUAGUGCUGGGGAGAGUGGUCGCUCGGGCUUCCAUCCUCUGCAUUUCUUUCGCGUGGUCUUCAAGAGUGUGUGCACCGCUUCGAUGAUGGUGAACAUCCUCUGGCCCUUUGUUCCCGCCGCCAUUGUCAUGCACUUCGCCCGACCCGACCUUCAUGUCUGGGUCUUCGCCCUUAAUUACAUCGCCAUGGUCCCGUCCGCGAAUGUCCUAGGAUUCGCAGGCGGAGAGUUGGCCAAAAAGCUACCCAAAACAUUGGGAGUUCUACUGGAGACGGGAAUCAGUUGCUCGGUGGAACUCGUGCUAAUUAUGGUAUUGCUUCACAAUGACAAAAAGGGUGAGGGUAACCUCAUCCCGGUCAUCCAAGCUGCCAUUCUCGGGUCUAUCCUUGCAAACCUACUGCUUUGCCUAGGAACCUGUUUCUUUGUUGGCGGUCUCCGGCGGAAUGAGCAAGUGUUCCACGAGGCCGUCAGCGAGGUGGGCACAGGAUUGUUGCUGGUCGCCGGGUUUGGCCUGCUGAUUCCCAGCGCUUUUUACUCCGCUCUGAAAUCUGCCACCAAUGAGGAGUUCACCCAGGCUAUGCUAGAGGAUUACACCAUGCAGAUCAGUCGUGCCACAGCUGUCGUACUCCUCGUCGCAUUCCUAGUCUUUCUCAUUUUUAACCUGCACAGUCAUAACAGCAUGUUUGACGACAUCUUGGAGACGGAUGAGGCUCAGGACGAGGACAGACAUAAGGAAUUAAACAGGGCAAAGCUCACCUUUGCGGAAUGCUUGGUGGCAAUUGCAGUCGCCCUGACCUGUGUCAGCUUGUCGGCCGUAUUCCUGGUUCAAGAGAUUGAAUAUAUUGUGGCCCUUGGAGUAUCCGACAACUUUCUGGGAUUAAUUUUGGUUCCACUGGUCGAGAAGGCGGCCGAGCACCUGACGGCAGUGGACGAAGCCUAUGACAACCAAAUCAACUUCGCCCUUUUCCAUUGCUUAGCUCCUUCUAUCCAGACCGCUCUGCUGAAUGCGCCAUUGGCGGUCAUCGUGGGCUGGGGUCUGGGCAAGGACAUGAGCCUGAAUUUCGAGAUCUUCAUGGUUGUUCUCCUGGUAUUGUCGAUAUUGGUCGUUGGCAAUUUCUUGCGAGACGGCAAGUCAAACUACUUGGAGGGCGCUCUCUGUGUGUUGAUCUAUGUAAUUAUUGCAGUCACUACUUGGUAUUAUCCCAAGGUCGACGUGACUUCGACCAACCAAGCCUAA